UUUUUUUUUUUUUUUUAACGUAGUUCUACAAUACAAGUUGGUGAUUGGUUUUCCAUGAAGAAUUCCGAUGCUUUGCCUUUUUUUUUCCUUUGAUCAUUUAAUUGUUCAAUAAUAAAGUUGUUUGAACAUUACUUGUUUGCUUGAAUAUCCAAGGAUGGUCUUAAUAUAUAAAUAAUAAUAAUCACAAUUAUUCCACUUUGAAAAACUGUAUUUGAGACAAUUUGUUUAUUGAAACUAAUUUGUUAGUGAGUACGUAAAUCAUAACAUAUUUCAUAUAAUAAUACUUAUUAGGUCUAAAUUUAAAAGUUAAGUUCUUAAUAUAAAUUUCAUGUACAUACAAAAGUCGUAAAGUAUAUCGAAUGAUGACUCUUACAUAAACUGUACCUGCAAAGUAUUCAAUUGAGUUCAGAUCAAUCUACAGUCAUUGUAUACCCAGUGGAACUUGAAAUCCAUAGAAUAACUUCAAUUGAUUUACUUCAUUAAGCGAUUCAAACACAGUAGAACCUCUAAUUCACUUACCACCAAUUAUGCUUAUUUAUACAAACUAUAUUAUAAAACCCAUGUCUCAUUUUUCACAAAGAAAUAAAAAAAAGUGUAUAAAACUAAUUAAAAAAAAAAGUAUUUUCCUUUAAAUAAAAAAAGGUUAGCUAUAAUAAAAUUACGUUUAUUAAAAAGCUGAAAUACUGGGUCAAAGCAUAAAAUCUAGCUCGGCAUGCAAAAGAAUAGCACAACAUAAAUACUCCAUUAUCAACAAUUAAUCAAACCCAAUUAUACGUUACUUUUCCAAAAAAAAAAACAAAAAAAGCCAAUUGUACGUUACUUACAAUGUCUUUUAUACAUUUUUUUAUUUUUUUUAUUUUUAUUAAAAAAAAAGAAAUAAAUACUACGACUAGUAGUAUUCUACGGUGGGUAAGGGUAGGGUCGGGUUAUCAGCACGAGAAAAUCUCUUUCCCGCUCCUUCCUCCCUUCAAAUCUCACUCAUUCCUUCUCUCUCUCCUCCUUCACUUCACUUCACUUCUCCUUUACCAUUUUUCACAACUAUAAUCCCCUCGCAAUAGCAAUACAUUUUAUUCUUCGGGUUUUCGGAAUUUUCGUUUUCGAUACAAAAAAUAAUCUAAGUAUACUAGAGGCUUUUGAUUUUGGUUUUGAGAAAUAUUUUUUUUGUAUGUAUGAGUUGCGAACAUGGACACCCCUGAAAGGAAUCAGAUCGGAACACCCGUUUCUAAAUUUGAGGAGUCUCCCUUUUCCAACUUCAUCAACAGCUUGUCUCCUAUCAACCCAACGAAGACGAUUCACGUUUCUCAGACGUUUGGCUCGCUUAGUUUUACCUCACCUCCAUCAGUAUUUACUUCACCCCAUGUGAGCUUUCAGAAGGAUAAUAAGUUCUUAAGAAGGCAUCUGGUUUCAGAUCUCGCGAGACAUCAGCUGUCAUCAGAUGAAGGGAACAAAGACUCUAUCACAGAAGAAGACGGCAGCACUGAGCAUCACCCUGAAAGUCUGCCAAAUGUACAAAUUAGAGGUGAAGGUGGUGAAGGUUCCGCCAAGCCACUCGAAGAUGCAUCAGACUGUGCAACCGAGCUGCCAAGGGAACUUAAGUAUGACAGUGGAAGUCCUCGCCACUGUAAGGCAGUGAAUUCCUGUGGCAAUGAAACAGGAUGUGAGCCAAACACAUCAGCAGCCCUUAUCCAAUUUAUCCAGGAACCUUCUGUUAGAGGGACCUUUGAUACAGAAUCAAAUGCUAAGGAGACGAACCAUGAUAACGAAGAGGAAGGAUGUGAUUGGCAGAGCCUGAUAUCUGGUAGUAGUGACCUUUUUAUAUUUGAUUCACCUAAUGUUACAGAAACUUCAAAAGGGUCAUUGCAAAAAUCACAAGAAGAAGAAACAAAUGUUUUCGCGUCUCUUUUGGCACGCUUUCCAUCUGAGCAGGCAUAUGAUCUGCAAACUUCACUUCAAGUUGGUUCUGCUAGUUGUCUUGAAGCGCAUGAAACUAGAGAACAAUCAACUCAACCCACUGAGGCCACCGAGUUGAAUCAAAUAGACCAGCCAUCAGAGAAUUUGGAAAGUGCUUCUGUCAAUGAAUUCUUUUCUGGUGAAAAACCAGGAAAGCAGCCUUUCAGCAAUAUCCAUAGGGGAUUGCGACGGCGUUGCCUUACCUUUGAAAUACCUAGAACAAAGAGGAGUAUAGAUAGUGUUCUUUUCUCCAGCUCUAUGUCUUCUUUACCAAAUGAAGAAAAUCCACCAUCCUCCAACAGGCUGCCUAUCACGCCCAGGGUUGAUCCUGCAAAGCGCAUUAUGCCAGGUAUUGGCCUGCAUUUAAAUGCACUGGCAGGAGUUCCGAAGGGCAGUGGAAUCUCCAACCAAGAGUUGCUUUCUACAAAUUCACAGGAUCCUCUUAUGAACUCCUUAACUUCUUCCUCUUUAAGAGAAGAUGUUGGUCCUGCUGAAAAUAUAGUUGAAAUGGCAGAAGAUUCUUCUCAAGCUUCAGUGUAUGCAGCUAAUGAGGACUUGAAUUCAAACAGUCCAAAGAAAAAGAGGCGCAAAUUUGAAACUAUUGGAGAAGGGGAGUCGUCGUGUAAACGUUGCAAUUGUAAAAAAUCAAAGUGCUUGAAGCUCUAUUGUGAAUGCUUCGCGGCUGGUGUUUAUUGUGUCGAGCCAUGUUCCUGUCAAGAUUGCUUCAACAAGCCCAUUCAUGAAGAAACAGUUCUUGCAACCCGUAAGCAGAUUGAAUCUCGUAACCCACUAGCAUUUGCUCCCAAAGUGAUCAGGACUGCAGAUUCAGCUCAAGAGGUCGGGGAAGAUACAACCCGAACUCCAGCAUCAGCCCGUCACAAGCGAGGGUGCAACUGCAAGAAGUCAAAUUGUCUGAAAAAAUAUUGUGAAUGCUAUCAGGGCGGUGUUGGAUGCUCCAUCAAUUGCAGAUGUGAGGGGUGUAAAAAUGCAUUUGGUAGAAAAGAUGGGUCCAGUCUGAUUGGCACAGAAGCAGAAAUGGAAAAGAUACAAGCCUCUGAGAAAUCCAUGCAGGAUAAAAGUUCAGAUAUUCAUGCAUUCCACAAUGAUGAUGACCAAAAUUCUGAAUUCGCCAUCCCUAUGACACCAUCAAGGCUUUUCAGGCCAUCAGUUCCAGUGGCAACUUCCUCGAAGGGAAAGCCGCCAAGAUCUUCCUUAGGAAUUAUUACUUCAUCCUCAGGUCUGCACCAAGUUGAUGGACCAGGAAGAUCAACAUUUCUUCGAACAUUAUCUAGGCCUGAGAAGCAUUUUAAAAGUGUAGCAGAUGAAAUUCCUACAGUUCUUCAAAAUUGUAGUCCUCCCAGCAGUGGUUUAAAGACUUUAUCUCCAAAUAGUAGGAGGAUCUCUCCUCCUCACCAUGCCAAUGGACAGACCUUCGGACAUAAGAGCAGCCGUAAGCUGAUCCUGCAGUCGAUCCCAGCGUUCCCUUCACUCAGUCCAAGACGCUGAAUUUGCAAAUUACCAUGGAAAUUUGUAAUAACACACCUAUCAUCUCUACUUCUCUAGGUGGAGUUACAAGUGUGCUAAUUAGUGUUAUAGUCCUUAUAACACACCUAUCAAUCCUUUAUGCCAUAGCUGUAUAAUAUUUCUAUAAUUUUUUUCCCUUAUUUCAAUUUUUUUGUUAGGUGAAAUUCUUUUCACUAUUUCAUAAUGCUUAAGUUCCAAAUUAGGAUGUGAAUGUAUUAGACUAUUUUAGGAUUUUAGUAUAUUUGUAAGAACAGUAACGGCCCAAUGGUAGUCUAGCGCUAUACUAAGGGUGGUUCAGUGAACUAUAAUACUUUCCAUAUUGCUCGUA